UACUUCGCUUACUCAGACAAACACCUAUAGACAAAUAUAAAAAUGCAAAAUGAGAAAUACUACUGACAGCCAAAAUAAUGCAAAUCUAUAGAUUUUGAGUUUCUUACAGUCAAAAAUGGAAAAACGGGUGGCGAUAAUCGGAGCAGGACUCAGUGGUCUUCUUGCCUGUAAAUACAUUCUCAACAAAGGAUUCAAGCCAACUGUGUUUGAAGAAGAAGCAAGAAUUGGAGGAGUUUGGGCAAAAACUAUGGAAUCAACUAGACUACAAAAUAUUAGAGAAGGUUACCAGUUCUCUGAUUUUCCAUGGCCGUCUACUGUAAAAGAUUUGCAUCCAAAUCACAUCCAAGUUAUUGAGUAUCUUGAAGCUUAUGCUGAUUUUUUCAAAAUCUUGCCUUGCAUAAAGUUCAAUUCCAAGGUUAUUGGAAUAGAUUAUGUUGGAGAAUCUUUUCAAGAAAUGGAAUCUUGGGAUUUAUGGGGUGGAAAUGGUAAAGCUUUUGGGUCUAAAGGGAAGUGGCACAUCAAAGUUCAAGAAACCAACAACUGCAGACUUGAGGAGUACCAUUUUGAGUUUUUGAUCCUUUGCAUUGGACGAUUUAGUGGCUACCCAAAUAUUCCUGAGUUCCCUCCAAAUAAAGGGCCUGAAGUAUUUAAAGGCAAGGUGAAGCAUUCAAUGGACUUCUCUGCUUUAGAUAAUGCGACUGUUGCAAAUUUUGUUGAAGGAAAAAAAGUUGCAGUAAUAGGUUCCCAUAAAUCUGCAGUUGAUAUAGCAGCAGAAUGUGCCAGCACAAAUGGAGUCAAGUACCCUUGCACAGUAGUUCAAAGGACUGCACAUUGGUUUCUGCCUAGUACCUUUUUCAGUGGACUUUUGCUCGGUUUUCUGUAUGCUAAUCGUUUCUCAGAACUGUUAGUUCAUAAGCCUGGUGAAACAUUUCGAUUAGCCCUCUUGGCCACUUUGCUUUCACCUCUGGUAACUUUUAUUUCAUAUAUAUAG